CGGGCUGCCUGUGCUUCUUUCACAAAACAAUAAAACAAGAUGGCGGAAGGCAGUGAAUCGGCACUUGCUGGGCUAAGCACUCAACAGAUCUCUCAGAUCCAAACAGCAUUCAACUGCGAUCCCAAAAAUCAAUUGAGUCUGAAUCUAGGGACACGUAAUGAACCUUUAGAUUUGUGUCUUUCUCGCCAGGUUGUUGAGAAAACAAACCAUGUCUUCAACCACAAGGUCAAUGAAGUCAAGCCUAUGACUAACCAGAAAUCCUCUGGUCGUUGCUGGAUAUUUGCACUACUGAACUGUGUACGACAAAAGUUUGUGCAAAAUAUGAACUUAGAUGAAAUGGAGUUCAGUCAACAGUAUCUUUUCUUCUGGGAUAAAAUCGAAAGGUCUUACUUCUUUUUGAACAAUUAUGUUGAAUUGGCCAAGAAAAAUGAAGAUCCGGAUGGUCGUCUAAUGAUGUACUUGCUUAGUAAUCCAAUGAAUGAUGGAGGCCAAUGGGAAAUGUUGGUAAGCUUGGUUGAAAAGUAUGGCUUAAUCCCCAAGUCUGUUUGGCCAGACUCCACUAGUGCUAUAAGGUCGCGGCGAAUGAAUGCAAUCUUGAACAAUAAGCACAGAGAAUGCGCCAUGGUACUCAGGAAGAUGGUCAAAGAUGGUGCUAGCGAUGAGGAAAUUGAAUUGAUGAAAAAUAAAAUGAUGGCAGAGGUGUAUCGUAUCGUAGCAAUCUGUUUGGGUACCCCUCCCAGCACAUUCACCUGGGAGUACUAUGACAAAAGUAAGAACUACAAAAAGAUAGAGGGCCUGACACCUUUGAAGUUCUAUAAUGACUACAUCAAACCAGUUUUCACCAUACGGGACAAGGUCUGCAUUGUGAAUGAUCCAAGGAAUGAGUAUAACAAGCUCUACACAGUAGAGUACCUGGGAAAUUUUGCAAAUGGUCCAAAAGUUGUGUACUUAAAUCAGCCAAUUGAAGUCCUAAAAUACCUAGCAGCAGCAUCCCUCCGAGACAAUGAGGCUGUUUGGUUUGGAUGUGAUGUUGGAAAGCAUUUCGAGGGGAAGCUUGGAGUCCUAGACCUUGAAAUUCAUAAUUAUGACUUAGUAUUUGGUAUAUCUCUGCUGGGGCUGGACAAGGCACAGCGUCUGGUCUAUGGUGAAUCUCUCAUGACACAUGCCAUGACAUUCACUGGACUUUCAUAUCAGGACACAGGAGACCAGUCAGGAGAAAAAUCUGGAGUUGAACAGAAAUCAGAAGGCGAAGAGAAACCAGUGACUCUAAAACCAGUCACCACCACAAAAUGGAGAGUCGAGAACUCAUGGGGGGAUGACAAGGGUGACAAGGGGUAUCUGGUCAUGACAGACAACUGGUUUAGUGAAUAUGUCUAUGAAGUUGUUGUAGACAAGAAGUAUGUUCCAGCAGAACUACUUGCUAUUCUGAAACAGGAACCAGUGGUGUUACCUGCGUGGGAUCCUAUGGGUGCCCUUGCUUGUGUCCACUGUGGGGAAACACCAUAGAGUAUUCUAUCAACUAGGAAUGCUUGAAUUUCAAUAUUAAUAGAAGAUGGCAAAAAUGAACACUGCACUACGUUUUGAAGCACUUAUGAUUUUGUUAUGCAUUUUUCACUUUCUUAAAAAUUUGUUGAAACAUGUACACGUGGAACGCAUGUUUUGUUCGGAGCCACCAAAGCUCCGAACCAAAAAAACUCGAUCAGCAUGACAACAAUCCAGUUCAACAAAGUUACUGCAUUUUCAUAAAAAUGUGAACUGUGUCUGUUAGCUGCACCCUGAAAUUGGUUUUUCGCUGCUGCCAGUCAAAAAUAUGAAAAGUACCAACUGAUUAGGUUUGAUUGACGGAAGCGAACAAACCAAAUUUCAGCGUGCAGCUCGCAGACAGAGUUCGCAUGUUUAUGAAAAUCGCAGUAAUAAAAUGUGUAUCAACUGUGGGUACAGCCUGGAAUUUAAUUUAAUUUAAUUUCGAAAAAAACUCACAAAAGCAAAAGUUACAUUAAAUCACAUACCAUUUUAAUAGAAACUUUCUCUCUGGCUUUACAAUUCUUUACCACCUAUACAACUGGAUUACUAUUAGUUAACAGUAAGAAUGACUCCAUGAUAAUACAAUUCUUAUUAAGUAACAAAUGAAGCCAAUCAGCAAAAUAUUUUCCCAUCCAGAAAUGAUUUAAGUUAGCAACAUACUAAACGUCAAAGUCGCCAUGUUGGAAGAACUGGACAGUAUAUUAGGUGAUGGGAUUGUUUUGUCAUAUCCUCCAACAUGGUAAAUGAGUCUUUUUGUUUCCUUCGGAAAGGAUAAGGGCAUACUACAAAGAAUAAAGCUUAUAUGAUAAUACGGAAAUCAUUACAGAUUGGUUCGCAACCCAAGUUAUAGAGCGAAAUUGUCUAAAAUUGAUCCCGACCAACUACGAUUGGGCAUGAUACAUCAUACAAAAGUGAAUUAAGGCUCAUUAACCUUGGUGGUUGGAACUUACAUUACUUUGUUGUACAGUGACAGAACUUCUUCUAGAGACAUAAAUGUAGCAAUGAUAUAUUGAUAAUAUCAGUGGAAACAGUUUCACAGCCGCACGCAAUCACAGAAAGGGGGAAGAAUCAGCAUAAAGAAAGAGGAGGGAAGAAUAGAUGCAAAAACGUAGGGAUUAAAAACGUCCUCAGUUUUGUCUAGCUUGUGCAAAAACUCGAUUGUAUUGUUUAAGUCAUGUCAAUGGGUGAUGGUACUAUUGUAGAACUCUGUUGUCGGUCACAUAACAAGGUUUUAUAAAACGGUAAACGCUAAAAUAAAUACACAUAAAAUUU